UUCCCAUUUCUGAAGGCAGCGGAUCCAUAUGUCAAAGCGUUUUGGAAACUCAAGCUCCAAGCGUCUCCGCGGAAUAACUGUUAUUAAUACAAAGGACGGGGAGAACGUGUUUACCGGGCAGUCGAAGAUCUAUACUUACAUGAGUCCGAACAAAUGCUCUGGAAUGCGUUCCCCGCUUCAGGAAGAGAACUCAGUUGCACAUCACGAAGUCAAAUGCCAGGGGAAACCAUUAGCUGGAAUCUAUCGGAAACGAGAAGAGAAAAGAAACACUGGGAACGCAAUCCGAAGCCCCGUGAAGUCCGAGGAGCAGAAGAUCAAAGACGCCAGGAGAGGCCCCCUGGCCCCUUUUCCAAACCAAAAAUCUGAAGCAGCAGAACCUCCAAAAACUCCAGCCUCGUCUGGUGAUGCUACCAGUGCAGCCAUUGCCAAGCCAAGCCUAAAGAAGCCCAUCAAGGGCAAACAGGCCCCACGGAAAAAAGCUCAAGGAAAAACGCAACAGAAUCGCAAACUCACAGACUUCUACCCUGUCCGAAGGAGCUCCAGGAAGAGCAAAGCCGAGCUGCAGUCUGAAGAGAGGAAAAAAAUCGACGAGUUGAUUGAAAGUGGAAAGGAAGAAGGAAUGAAGAUCGACCUCAUCGAUGGCAAAGGCAGGGGAGUGAUUGCCACCAAGCAGUUCUCGCGGGGCGAGUUUGUGGUGGAGUACCACGGGGACCUCAUCGAGAUCACUGACGCCAAGAAGCGGGAGGCGCUGUAUGCCCAAGACCCCUCUACGGGCUGCUACAUGUACUAUUUCCAGUAUCUGAGCAAAACCUACUGCGUGGAUGCCACUCGAGAGACGAACCGCCUGGGGAGACUGAUCAAUCACAGCAAGUGUGGGAACUGCCAGACCAAACUGCACGACAUCGACGGCGUGCCUCACCUCAUCCUCGUCGCGUCCCGCGACAUCGCGGCCGGCGAGGAGCUGCUGUAUGACUAUGGGGACCGCAGCAAGGCCUCCAUCGAAGCCUACCCGUGGCUGAAGCAUUAACCUUCCCCUGGCCCCCUUCACUGGACAAAGUGCCCUCAAAGGGAAUUGAUUUCUUUUUUUUUAAACACACUUAAAUCUUAGUGGAUGACUUCAGAUGUUUUUUAAAAAGUAUAUUAAGAUGCCUUUUCACUGUAGUAUUUAAAUAUCUGUUACAGGUUUCCAAGGUGGGCUUGAACAGAUGGCCUUAUAUUACCAAAACUUUUAUAUUCGAGUUGUUUUUGUACCUUUUUUGCAUACAAGUCGAACGUUUGUGCUUCCCGUGCAUGCGGUCCAAGACUCGGCACAGGUUUUAGAGGAAAAAAGGCAAACGUGGACUGGGAAGCUGGGCGGCUCUCCUGCCUCUAACUGAGGAGCCAGGACUUUCCCCCUCUGCACCCCCGAUGUCGGAGCACAGGCAGACGCAGGAAGAUUCUGCCUCCCGGUGGCCCGGACGGAUGUCUCCAAGCUCUUGUUCCCCCAGCGUCUCCACAGGCGCACAUUGAAGUGUAUGAAUAUUUUUAAAAAAGUUUUCGCAGUAAGCUAGUCUUCCCCUCUGCUUUCUCGAAAGCUUACUGACCCCGUGGCCCAUGGACCCGGGCUGGCGGGUAUUUACUCUUCCACAGGAUGCCGCUUUUCUUGGCACCUCAAAGCAUCAGGGCAGGUAAUCAGACUCGACGUGGGCGGGGAGGAGCCGUGCUUGCCUCCUCCUGCCAGGGCGGGUUUCCGCAAACUGGGUUAACUCUUUAUAGAAAUGUGAACACUGAAUUUAUUUUAAAAAAUAAUAAAAAUCAUAAAAUCCAAAAAAAAAAAAAAAAAAAAAAGACAAAACCACAGAAAACA